GGAAUGGAGUUGGGUCUUCUGCUGUGGAUGAUCUUGACUUUAACAGAAAGCAUAUCAGCAGUGCCUGACCAGUACAGUAGAGCUCUGGAUUGGUUGAGCAGAUAUGGAUACCUUCCUCCUCCAGACCCACGUACCAGUAAGCUUCAAACCAAAGAUGGAAUUGAGAAAGCCAUUCGUGUCAUGCAGAGAUUCGGUGGGCUCCAGGAAACAGGACUUCUUGACACUGACACUUUGGAACUCAUGACUAAGCCACGAUGCUCUCUCCCUGAUAUUAUUGGGGGUGAGGACAGGCUGAAAAGGAGGAGGAGGAAACGAUAUGCCCUCACAGGCCUCAAGUGGCACAAGACAGAUCUCACAUGGAGCGUCCUUGGGUCACCUUCCAAAUCACCCAACUUGAAUAAAGACAUGGUGAACAGGAUCCUGUUUUAUGCCUUCAAAGCCUGGAGUGACGCAGCCCCCUUGAAUUUCAAACAGCUGAGUGACAAUGGAGACAUCAGAGUGUCCUUUUCCCGCUUGAUGCAUGACGAUGGGUACCCUUUUGAUGGAGAGGGUGGCACCCUGGCCCACGCCUUCUUCCCCAGUGGGGGUGAACUGGCGGGUGACACACACUUUGAUGAUGAUGAGACAUGGAGCUAUGGAGUUUCCAGCGGAGGCACCGACUUGUUCGCAGUUGCAGUGCACGAGUUCGGUCACGCACUGGGCCUGGGCCAUUCCUCCACUGACGAAUCCAUCAUGACCCCAUACUAUAAGGGUGCUGAAGACAUGAGCCGAUUCAAGUUGCAUUCGGAUGACAAACAGGCUAUUCAAGAGCUUUACGGUGUAAAGGAUGACCAGUCACCAGGUAGUGAUGAUCCUAACCUCCCCCGUCUUCCCAGUCCACCUCCACCAAGACCAACAAAGCUGUCUGACCCCACAUUGCUCGAGCGCUGUCAGGGAGGUUUUGAUGCAGUGGCCAAUAUCAGGGGAGAGGUCUUCUUUUUUAAAGGUGCACAGUUCUGGAGGACCAAACAAGAUGGGUCUUUGCUCUCACUCAAUCCAGCUCUGAUCAAAAACUUCUGGUAUGGCCUCCCACCGGGAACAAACAAGGUUGAUGCUGUGUAUGAGAGGAAGAGUGACAGCCGUAUCAUCUUCUUCAUUGGAUCUCAGUACUGGGUCUUCAAGGACACAAUAGCCAUGUACGGUUACCCGCGCCCCCUGUCUGAUUGGGGAAUGAUUAGAAAGAGUGGGGUUCCAGUGGACAGGGUGGACGCAGCCUUCAUCUGGGCACAUAACGGCAAGACCUACCUGUUCAGCGGCGAUGAAUUUUGGAGGUUCGACGAGAGCCGUAAAGAUGGACAGAUGACCCGGCAGCUGGAGCCAGACUAUCCACGGAACAUCAACCUCUGGGUAGGAGUGCCCACCCAGGUUGAUGACAUCAUCAGCUGGAAAGGAGAUGCCUACUUCUUCAAGGACAACAUGUUCUGGUUGCAGGAGAACGGAAGAUUGAACGAAGGUCCUCUUACUCCUAAAUCCAUCGGUGUAUUCUGGCUCAGAUGUCCAGCUCCUCCUCCAACCCCCCCACAAGGCAAUCCUGGGUGCCCAAAGUGCAACUGCAACCUGACGGAUUCAUCUUCAUGUCUAAGAAGCAGCUGGCUUGUCCUGAUCUUUGUUUUAUCGGUUAUUCUCACCUCCAUCUAGUUCAGAGCGCAGCAGAUAGGCUUCUUACUGGU